GCCACACCGACGCAGAAGAGCAAGCGGCGCCUCGUUUGCUGUAAUACCAUUUGCGCAUGCGUGGUACGGGGCAUAGUUACAGAUCCUUGCAUUGGCCAUCCAUUUCCGGCAUGUGAAAAACAACCACCGCGGGCCGUUUUCAGCGGGCGACGCUUCCGGUAUAUAUGGGAUUUAUAUCUCCAUGGGGAAAGGACGGCGCGUUUUGGGGUAGCCAGUCUAGGCCUCCUUUGGGACUCUGUGCUCUCUGACGUUGGUGGGGCAGGCAGACAUUCAACAGAUGAAGCUCUGUUCCAUCGGUUGCAUUUCUGUAGAGGGAAGAGCCUUCUUCACCUGUUGGUUUCUCCCUGUUACGACGCUAAGCAUCUGCAGAGAGCUUGUUUAUUUGUUUAUUUGAUUUAGGUCCCAGGGCGGUUACGUUAAUAUGAAUCCUGCCUGUCUGCCUGGUGGUUGGCUUUCCAUACCAACAGCAUCUCUCAGAUCUAAGAUUUAUAGUAGGGUGGAGUGGGGCCUUGUUUCUGGAUUGCACCAUUUCCACGCUGCAUGUGGGGACUCGCAUGAUGGGCUCACCCUGCACACAGAAAUGUGGAAUGUCAAGGAGAACACUGGGAUGGAGUCUUCCACACACACACACCUUGACGCACCGCACCACGUUUCUCUUUCCAAGGGGAUUUUUUUCCCCCUAGAAAGAUUUAAUUAUUUUGGUAUGGAGUAGCAAAUCAUUCACAAGCCUGUCUCCACCUUUCAUUCUGACGUGCUGCGGAUUCAAAACAGCUUCAUUUUCCGUUUGUGGUCACUUGGCAACAAGAAGCUGAGGUUAAGUCUUUACCCAAGAACCCUUUCACAGUGCUAGCACCCAAUCCUGGAAUACAAGAAGAAUUAGGAAAUAAUAACAGGGGCUUAGAAAGCUGCCACGUAUUGAGUCAGACCUUAUAGUGGUGCCUCGGGAUGCGAACGGGAUCCGUUCCGGAGCCCUGUUCGCAUCCUGAAUAGAAUGUAAGACGCAACUGUGCGUGCGUGGGUCACGUUUCACCACUUCUGCACAUGCGCGUGACAUCAUUUUGACCAUCUGCACAUGCGCGAGCGGCGAAACCCGGAAGUAACACGCUCCAUUACAUCCGGGUUGCUGUGGAGCGCAACCCAAAAAUACUUAUCCUGAAGCAUAUUUAUCCCAAGGUAUGACUCUACUCUGAAUGGCAGCAGCUCUCCAGGGUUUCACAAGUGCAUUAAAAAAGUGCAGAACGGAUUUUCAUAGAAUUGUAGAGUUGGAAGGCAUCCUGAGGAUCAUCUAGUACAAUGCAGGAAUUUAAGCAGCUGUUUGUAUGGGGAUCAAACCAGCAACUUUGGUGUUCUACACAGCACUUGGAACAACUUAGCUAUUAUGAGAGAUAAAUUUCAAGGUGAUGCUUAUUCUCUGCUAACUCCCUAAAUGGUCUGAACUCAUAGUACCUCAGGGAAUUAUAUAUAUAAUUUGUACCCCACCCAUCUGACUGAGCUCUGCCCUGAAUAACAUCCACGUAAAAGGUAAAAUCUACAAGAGCUCUUUCAGGGGUGGGGCUGCAGCUUUGGAACAACCUCCCAAGAGUUUCUUUUACUUUUCAGAAAAAGGCGUUUCAGAUGUAUCAACUCUCCAGGGCUUUAAAAAGUACUCUCUGAGGUUCUCUGUUGCAGCCAUUUUGAUAUUGAUACUGGAUUAGCUAAUAGCUACCUACUUCCUCUAAGGCCGGCCUGUUAUGCCUCCAGUUCAUUCGUUAUAGCAAGCCAGUGCUACUGCUUUGACCCACAGUUGAUGUUCUUCCCCACACAGUGGCAAAGCAGGUCACAGACAAGUUCUUCUCUCGCAUUCUAGUACCUGUCAGAUAAGUGAGGAUGGGACGUUCCUCCAAAGACAAGCGUGACAUUUACUACCGCCUGGCCAAAGAAGAGGGGUGGCGAGCCCGUAGUGCGUUCAAACUUCUGCAACUGGAUGAGGAAUACCAUUUGUUUCAAGGUGGGCAAAAAAACAUGCAUCCCCAUUAUAUUACCACUUUUUCUUGCAUCACUGAAGGGCAUUAACAAGUGUUAGACACUCAAACCUAUUUUUAAUGUCAUGGCUUAGACCCAGAACCUUUGAAGUGGAAUAUUAAUACUUUUGCUUUGGUACCUCCUUCUAGCAAAUAGCUUUUCUCAGAGGACCAGAGUCCUGUUUUGGGGGAGAUAACACUACAACAAAAGCCCCAUCUUACCACUUUAAACAGUCAUGUAUUCCCCCAGAGAAUCAUCUCAGGAGUUCUGCUUCCUAGUCCUUUUUUUCAGCCCCUUUGCAGAGGUGCUGACUGAUCUUCUCUUGUCCUUCCUAGGUGUCUCUAGAGCUGUGGACCUCUGCGCAGCUCCUGGGAGCUGGAGCCAAGUUUUAAGCCGAAAGAUCAAGUAAGCAAAUAAUUCAGCUCAAACAUAUCUAGUGGGUUGCAGCCCCUUAGAGAAGGGCUAGGCUCUCAUGGGAUCUAUUUAUAUUCCACCCCACAGAGGAGAAGACAUGAAAAACCCUGAUGUCAAGAUAGUAGCUGUAGAUUUGCAAGCCAUGGCUCCGUUGCCGGGUGUCAUCCAAAUUCAGGGAGACAUUACCAAGGUAGGUGCUACCUAGUGCAUCUUGGGGUGAUGUCAGCCUUGAGCUUGGCCUCUACCCCAUCUAAGCAGCAGAAGAAAAAGAGGCCUACCCAGAGAACAGUGUCUCUUUUUUUUUAAAUAAUAUUUAUUAAAGUUUCAAAAAAUACAGAAAAGUACAGAAUACAAAAAAAAGUAUAAAGUUUUUAAGAUAUAACAAAAAAGUAAAAAAUAAAAAGAAACAUACAAAAUAAAACAAUUAAAAACACGUUAAUUUUCCAUAACCUAUCUUGCUUACACUUAUUUCCCCGGACCUCCUCGUGCCUCCCUUUUUUGUAUUCCAGUUCAAUUCGUUAGUUCAGCAAGUCCUUACCAUUAAGCUUUUACCCAUUUGUAAGACUUUUUUCGUAUCUCUUAAAGCAUUGCAGCUGGAAACCACUUAGUUUCUAUCCAACAUCCUUCUAAGAUUCCUUAAUUUUACAAUAUUUCUGUAAAUAAUCUUUAAAUUUCUUCCAGUCUUCUUUCACCGACUCUUCUCCCUGGUCUCGGAUUCUGCCAGUCAUUUCCGCCAACAGAGAACAGUCUCUUUGCUCACAUACCCACCUAACUCUCUGUUUCCAGGUCUCUACAGCUCAGGAGAUCAUUUGCCAUUUUGAAGGGCAGCCCGCUGACCUGGUGGUGUGCGAUGGAGCCCCUGAUGGUAGGUGACAACCAGGCUCCCAGCCUUGUCAGGGGAAUCAGGGAGCUCUGCUGGGCUUUAGAUGGAAAAGCUGCCUGUAUUAGCUCUGAUAUGUAAUUCCUUUACUCUGCAGUGACCGGACUCCAUGACAUAGAUGAGUACAUUCAGGCCCAGCUGUUGCUCGCUGUGAGUAUCUCCUGGUGUUUGCCGCUAUAUGUAGUGAGCAAACUCAUCCACAAUGGGUGCUGUGGGGGCUUUGCACUGAUGGAAGAGCCGGUUGGCAUCCUUCAGCAGAAAGUAGCCCAGGCUGACUGAGUGCAGCAGAUCGGGAAGCUUGAUAGAAGGAGUGUCAGCAAGUGAUGGGUUUGACAUCAGCCCCUGUGAGUCUUGCUGGGAUCCACAGGCCCCAGAAAAUGCCACACUAUUCUGGGUCCUGACAUAAGGCCUGAUAUCAGACAGGUUAAUGGGAUGCCCUCCAAAGGACCUAUCUGGUGCCAUGAUAUUCCCCGGACCUGGAAGAUCUACAGAUUGCUCCUAAGUGGAGCCUUCUGUGGUUAGGGCGGCUCUACAAUCUCAAUAUGCAAUUGCAAAAAUAGAUUUUCAGUACAGUAUUUAGCAUUUGGCUCUGGAUCUUUGCUUUUAAAAAAAGGUAUGCUACAGCUGUAGAAACAGAUUAACAGUCACAACUUCUUGUGAAUUCUCAGAAACCCAAGGAAGGUUUGACAUGGCUGCCAGUUCUCAGUCGGGAGCUGUAAAGACUGUUCGAGAUGAUGCAUUGGCAGGGGAGACGUUCAGUUCCCACUCACCAGCUGAUCAAUGCUGACUUCAAGGUGGACCCUGCUCAUCUGUCACAAUGAGCCACUGAAGGUGGAAAAGCCCAGGAUCCAGUCCACUUUCCCACCCUGUCUUACAAGUACUGGGCCUUUGCUAACAGAGAGGAAAAGAGCAGGACCAGAGCAAACCCUUUCACCUUUUAUCUAGGUUUCUUUUCCGGCCCAAACUGUCAUGGGAUGCUGGUGGCUUUGUUCCUCGCCUGCUGCAUCUUUGUGCCAAAAAAGGCUUUUCUCUUAUGGUGCUGAUUGUUUCCUUCUGUUUCUUCCAGGCUCUGAACAUCACUACGCAUGUGCUAAAGAAGGGAGGGACAUUUGUAGCAAAGGUGAGCCCUGCAGGUGAUCAGGGAAGAGUUAAUAGGCACUGCAGUUCUGCUUUAGGUGUGGCAAAACAGGGCUGCUGUGGGCACCGCACCAAAGUCAUCACCCUGCAGUGGUGUUUCAGCACCUGCUUAUUGCUGUUCACCUGAGCUCACCUAAGGCACCACAGCAAAUAGGCUGAGGACUCGGUGGGCCUGUCCACUUCAUCAGCCCUUAGCAUCAGCAGUGGGCCUGGAGGUUUUUCAAAAGAGGAACAAGGUAACUUGAGCAGGAAUACUGAAAAUUUGUAAGCUCAACUUUUAUUUCUUUUUAUUUACCGUAUUUUUCGCUCUAUAGGACGCACUUUUCCCCCUCCAAAAAUGAAGGGGAAAUGUGUGUGUGUCCUAUGGAGCGAAUGCAGGCUUUCACUGAAGCCUGGAGAGUGAGAGGGGUCGGUGCGCACCGACCCCUCUUGCUCUCCAGGCUUCAGGAAGCUAUCCGCAAGCCUUCGGAGCGUGGCGGGAGUGCCCCCCGGGCUCCAAAGGCUUGCGGAUAGCAGCCUGCUUCCCGAAGCCCGGGGAGCACUUCUCAGCGCACCCUGGGCUUCGGGCAGAUAUCCACAAGCCUGCAUCCCGGAGAGCGCAGAGCUGGGCUCUCCGGGCUUCGGGCAACUAUCCGCAAGCCUUCUGAGCGCGGCGAGAGUUCCCGCUGGGCUCCGAAGACUUGCGGAUAGCAGCCUGUUCUGGGGGCUGGGGUCGGGGGAAGCUUCCCCCGCCUCAGCCCCACACCUGGGGGGGAAAUAAUUUUUUUUCUUUAUUCCCCCCCCAAAAAAAAACACCUAGGUGCGCCCUAUGGGCCGGUGCGCCCUAUAGAGCGAAAAAUACAGUAAUUAAUUUAAAAUAUAAUUCAGUAAUGUGUAAGGAAUAAGGAAACAGAAAAAGAAAAACACAACUGAGUAGGAGUUAAAAUUAAAUUUGACAAAGGGGGUACUAAUUAGGAUUUAUGGCAGAUUCAAAUCUGGCCCAUAUAGCUAGUGCUGAAAAAUUAACUCAAAAAGGUAUAGUAGAAGACAGACCAAAGGUGAUGUGUUUUUCAGCCACGUGGCAAAAAUGUAUUUUAUAUGAAAAUGAUAACAACGGUGUUUAAACACCUCUGGUGCAAUAAGCCGCUAUUUGGAAUUCUUAAUAACUCUUCACCUUCAAACAAGAAUAUUGCAAGUCCCAGAGGAUAACAACCUGAUACUUUCAAACAAAGCAAAAUAGCCCGUUACGCUUCCCAGGGAUUGUGAAUGCAAGGACCCAAAUUCGUGAGAGCUUGACUUGAACCCUUAAGGCAGGCAUGGCCAAACUUGGCCCUCCAGAUGUUUUGGGACAACAGUUCCCAUCAUCCCUGAUCACUGGUCCUGUUAGCUAGGGGAUGAUGGGAGUUGUAGUCCCAAAACAUCUGGAGGGCCAAGUUUGGCCAUGCCUGCCUUGAGGCAAAGGUGGCCGUCAGUGGCAUUGGGAAUCCUCCUGAUGUGCUUUCUGCUGACAUGCUGAGGCAGGAUCUUGUGACUUCGUGAAAACCCAGAGCAGGGAACUUGGGUUCAUUUCCAGUGUUAUCAAGAGUCACUGCACUUGGGUGCUGGCUGCAUGUUGAGUCUGUUUCGGGCGCACCCUGGGCUUGUUCCCUCUUGGCACCUGAUGCCGCUGAACUCAGUGUCUCCAGGACAUCUGAAUUACGCUCCUUCCCCAUCUCUCAUUGGCGGAGGAUUCCUCUGCAUCUGUGUCGCUAUCCACAGCCUGGGUAAUGUGGCGUAAGAAUGCAGUUUAUCCAGGCAAGAUGAUGGCAUUUUGCUUCCCUGCCUUAGAUAUUCCGAGGGAAGGACAUCACCCUCCUCUAUUCCCAGCUGCGAAUUUUCUUUCCUGAUGUGACGUGCGCCAAACCCCGAAGUAGCCGCAACUCCAGCAUCGGUGAGCGACCAAACAGCUUCUUGCAAGCCUGGUUAACUUGCAGCUUUGCCACUCAUGGGGAAAACUGUACAAAGCGUUACAGGAUCUGACAGCUUGUUCAGAAUCACUGGAAUCUCAAAAAAUUAUAAUAAUGAGUGGAAUUCUAAGUGGCACUAAGGAGAUUGCUCUGUCUGCGCGAGUAUUUCUGCUUGCCCAAUGAAACGAUCUUCCCCCUCUUCUUCCCCUGUAGGCUGUUCUGGGGCCCCUCCCGACACCCCCAGAGCCUAUCUGGGGGGCAUGGAAGGGGAGGAGAGGCAAGGGGAAGCCAUGUUGUGCUGGCGGGACUUGUUCUGGCUCUUGCUAGCGCAGCUCUUUAGUUGUAUCUGGUCCCAUGUUUCUAGUUGUCAUUGUUGCAGGUGAAUGUCUGGAAGCAUGCAGGCAGAGGGGGAACGAUGGUGCUUUUGCCUUCCAGCGUCUUUCUCAUCGCCCUAUUACCCAUUGCUUUGGCAACUGUUUCCUCCUGCCUCCACCCUGCUCCUUGCAGCAACCUCUUACAAUUAAAAGAAAGCAAAUGAGCAGUUCUCCAAAAAGACAAAAGUGAACGCAGGUCAGAGAAGCGCACAACAGAAUCUCUCGUGCUGUGGCGUAAUGCUCUCUUAGGGCUUUUGAUUUGCUUUGAUAUCUUUGGUGGAGGCCUUUUCUGCUUCAGUGCCAUUUUUAAAAAACAAGUCAUGUUUGUGUUGCAGCAGCUGCACUUGCAGUUUAGGCUAACUUUUUAAAUUUAUGCAAACACGUUUCCUUAGUCUCCUAGUUCAGCUAGGGACAAGAAUCCCAUUACAUUGCGUUCAACGGGUUGCCAUGCAUUUGCAAAAUUAGGACAUGUGUACAACACAUCUUCUGUGUACAGUGGUACCUCAGGUUAAGAACUUAAUUCGUUCUGGAGGUCUGUUCUUAACCUGAAACUGUUCUUAACCUGAAGCACCACUUUAGCUAAUGGGGCCUCCUGGUGCUGCCGCGCCACUGCUGCACGAUUUCUGUUCUCAUCCUGAAGCAAAGUUCUUAACCCAAGGUAAUAUUUCUGGGUUAGCGGAGUCUGUAACCUGAAGCAUAUGUAACCUGAGGUACCACUGUACUGUUGAUGAAGGCUCGGUCUACCCAGUGUCGGAGGUAGUGGGCAGUUGUUUGCUCCUGCUGCUAAGCUAAUCCCCAAAGGCUGUGUUUCCUCGUUUCCUAUAGAUGUGAGCGGCAGCCAUUCAUCUUUGCAGGUCAUUCUCUCAAGGGCACUGCUGGCAAAUGGGCUCUUGCCGUUGAAGAGCCUCCUGUCUAUUGCAUGAGUCAUACGUCCCUCAUCUUCGGCAUCCCAGGAGUCAGGCUGUUUUAUUCUGUCACAUAGAACUCAGUGGAAACAAUUUAGAACAGAGUCUGUGUCUGAAUAGCUCCAUGCUGGUUCUUGGUCAUGCUCGUAUUUGAUGGAAGCUUGGAAAUGGCCCGUUUAUCAGAAGAUAGGAAGCUGGAUUACAUCAGUGAGGCUACUGGAUCCAUCUAGCUUGGAGUUGUCAGCCCUGACUGGCAGUGGGCCUCAGGGGUUGCAGACAAAGGUAUCUCCUAGCCCUGCCAGGAGAUGCCAGGGAUUGAACCUGGAACCUUCUGUUUACAAAGCAGAUGCUCUGUCCUCUUUGCUGUGUGUCCCCCCACCUCCACUCUGAUGGUUUUAGUGCAGAACAUGCCUUUUCCCAGUGCAGGUUGGGGUUAGGCACAGCAUACUCCUCACGGGGCUUGAUAACCAACUGUAUUGGGGGAACAGCAGGGGGUUGUGUGUGUUUGUGUAUAAUUUAGUGCCCACCCCAGAAAUGAUCUCUUUCAGCUUCUGCCUUCUGGAAGAAGGUACAGGGUUAUAAAGACUAGGACUAAGAAACAAUUUCUAUCCAAAUGCAAUUUUGGUUUUAAAUGCAGUGUAAGGAGUCUCUAUGGGAGUGCACUAUAUUUUAAAAAUGGGGUAUCAGAGUUUUUAGGGGGCUAACCAGGCUGGGAUAGCUGGGAUACCAGGCUUGUUGGUUUUGAAUGUCUUAUGUAGAUUUUAAUUUUUUUUUUCAAUUUCGUUGUUCUGUAUGGGACAAUGGCAAUAAAGAUUAUUGUAUCGUAUCGGAAUGCCAGAGCGGUGGUCACCAAAGCUUUUAACUGCCUUUUCAUCCUUCCAGAGGCAUUCGUUGUUUGCCGAAACUACAGCCCCCCUGAAGGCUAUGUGCCAAACAUGUCCAAUCCUUUGCUAGAUCACUGUUACGGUAAGGAACCUUGAAGGGGGAAGAGAUGUUUCUGCAGCUUCCCGUUGUGCUGUGGGACGCAGGGCAGGGAAACUGAAGGGAAAGUGGGAGGUUUGAGGGCAGAGGCAAGAAAGUGUGGAUGGAGGAGGGCAGGGGCAAGUUGCCUACUGGGGGAUUGUGAGUCUUCGGUCCCAGGAAGUGAUCCAUUGUCGGAUUGCUUCUCUUUCUGUUUUUUGGCAGUAUUGAGCAGGGACUCUAGAGGCUGAAGCUGUCGUAUGUUUCCUGUCCAUAGAGUCAAUGUCUUGAGAAGCCAGGCAGGCCCCAUAGUAUAUACGCAAUGAAAUCAAAGUUUUCCAUAAGUUCUGGAUAUGAAAAGAAUGAAUUUGCCUAGGGAAAACCUCAGUUUUAAUCCAGUGCUUGUUUGUUAUCUCCCUCCCCGCCCCCCGGAGGGGCAACUUCAAGAAGGGGCUGGGAUAAGCUACCUGUCAUCAUGAUAUCAGAUGAUUGACAGGUGGCUGUCACAAGUUGGCCCUGUAUGGUAUGGGAAGAUGAAGAUACGGUUCGCUGCACCAAAAAGAUUCCCCCGUAUUUCUCCUUGUCCAAUUUCUGGUAUUUUUUUCUCUCCCUGCUUUUAAAUCUUAUUGGAUUCUAAGUUUCUGGGCAGCGGUUGUGUUAUAUUCUAUUACCUUCUGCAUGAUGCCUAGUUAUAGCGCCUAAUAAAGACUCCCUUGUUGCUGUUACCAUCAUUGUCAUUGUGAUCAGCCCAAGUAAUGGAAGCCUUUUUUGCUGAAGCAGCGUUUUAGCAGGAGAAAAAGGCACCUCUGCCCUAAGCCAGGUUUCCUUUAAAAAUAUGUUCCCCAGGAGGACUGAGGAGUCUGAAAGCUUCUUAGCCAAAGAGAAUUUUUAAAAAAAUGUUGUAAGGAUAAUUGUAAAUGAGGGGAAUAGGAUUAGGAAUUGUAAAGAAUUACAAAGGUGAAUAGUGGGGGCAGGGUCAACCCUGGAGGGUCCAUCUCUUUGCAAGCAGCACUUAACAAACCUCCCCCAAUACAGAUGUGGAUUUUAACCAGCUGGAGGGCCCCAAUCGGGUGAUUGUCCCCUUCCUGGCUUGUGGAGACCUGAGUGCUUAUGAUUCCGACCGGACAUACCCUCUGCAGGUAAGGCUGGUCUUGGGUGGUGCGCCUGGAGGCCAGUGGGAAUGGGCGAUUCAAGCGUGGCUCCAUCUGUCUUUGCUCUGAUUGAGGAAGCAGGCUUUUUAGAACCAGGGGGAGUCCUAUGGGCUCUCUUCCGUCACGUGGUCCUUCCUGAAUCGGUAGCUGCAAAACCACCAUCUGGCCGUUGGCAGUGGUGGUGCUAAGAAGAGACGAGGCCUGCUGGAUCAGACCAAAGGCCCAAUCUUAGUCCAGCAUCCUGGCCAGCAUCCUUAGUGGCCCACCAGGUGCCAAUGGGAAGCCCACCAGCAGGACCUGAGGGCAAUAGGAGCCCCCCUCCCCAACUGCAAUUUCCAUCAACUGGUAUUCAGAGGCAUACUGUCUUCAGUGCAAAGAUUAAAGUACAUGGGUCCCUCUAUUAGGGAUUCCCAGUCCAAAGUCCCUGGUGCCUUGCAGUUAUCAGCAGGAGAAACUGAAACAGGCAGCGUUGCAUCCAAUCCUAGUCCUACUUGGAGCAGCCUCAAUGAAAUUAUUAGACCUCAGUCCCAGCUAUUAAUUUCAAUGGGUCUACUCUGGAUGAGACCAAUAACGGGUCCAACGGUCAAGAAGGCGGUUUCUGCAUGUGCUGUAGAAAGAAGUGAGGGGCAGAUGGGGCUCAUCCACCAGGGAAGGGGGUCCAUCUAGGUCAGUGAUGGCCAAACCUGGCCCUCCAGCUGUUUUGAGACUUCAAUUCCCAUCAUCUCUGACCACUGGUUCUGUUAGCUAGGGAUGAUGGGAUCUGUAGUCCCAAAACAGCUGGAGGACCAUCACUUAUCUAGGUGAAGGAAAACCUGUGCUGCCUUGUGGGAUAUCUUCGGGAGAAGAAAAGGCUACACAAAUCCAGAGUGGAGUCCCUAAGAUGGUUAGAUUGCGCCUUGUACGCCUCCUUCCAGCAACUCCUGCAGCCAAGCCGGUGCCGAGCGUAUUGCUCUGCUUUCCUUUGUACUACUUCAGCAAAGCCGAGAGGGGGGUCUUGUCAUCUGGGCAGCCCAGGAUCUCCAGACACAUGGCGAGACUGGUGCUGCUACUGGUGCUGCUACUAAAGUGGUAUGACUCCACCCCUGGAGUGGAGCUCCAUUGUCUCUCAAGACAGAUGGAUGCCUACAAGUCUUAAGUAGAACUAGCAUUGGCUACAACCCAAAGACGUAGAGAACGGAGGUGCCCAUUGAUUAGCAUUGGAGAUUCACAAAAAGGAUAAUGCUGGUUGAUGGUGCUUAGGCUCCGGAAAGGGACUUGGACCACCUGCUUUAAGGCUCUCUUGCUCUCUUUCCCAUUUGAUCAGCUGGAUCCCGAGAAGAAAUACACUUACGUACCCCCGACUCAGCCUCCCAUCUGCCCUCCCUACGAAGAGGCCUGCUUCUUGAAGAAACACAAUCUGCUGACCAAGGAGCAAGUGCUCCAGCCUCAGCAGGAAAAUGCACUCCAGGAGCAGCAAGAGCAGGGGGCUUCACGCUCACCCCUAGAGGCCGAGGUCACAGACGCCCUGGGAAAACUGUCAACGUGACAUUAUCACAGAAAUGCGGGGCAAGAGAUGCAUACCGCCCCCUGCUGGUUCGAAAGACUUUUCAUCCUUCUUGGUUUACCUUUUACAGCAGUGGUUCCCCAUUAGCUAAGUACUGCAGACCCCCUGUUUUUCAAAAGCCAGGCCACGGACCCCUUACUUUUGAAAAUUUUGAUAUCUCUAUGGUAGUUUUUGUUAGGUGAAUAAGAACGACAAUAAUAUUUACAGUCUGCCCAUCUGACUGGGUUGUCCCAGCCACUCUGGGCGGCUGCCAACAAAAUAUUAAAAACACAGUAAAACCUCAAACAUUAAAAAUGCAGACCCCCCUGGGUGGGUUACACAGACCCGCUGACAUCCACAAACCACCAAUUGGGAACCACUAUUUUACAGAAUUUCCUGUUUUAUCAAUACAAAGUCCCUUUCUCCCUGACCAACCAAAACCGUGUUGUUUUUAAUAAAGCUUUGUCACUUGCUCAGAGCUUUUCUUUUGCUGUGAUAAGUAGCUGGAAUGUUUUAUUGGGAAGACACACAGAGAGAGGUUCAAAUUCCUGUUCAUCCAUCCAGGGCAGACAGGAUUCUCUUGGCCUCCCUUCCCUCAAAGUCAGACUGUGUUCUGAGUGCUGCAGAAAUUAUUGAUAAUAAUUUAACAAAGGCAUAUUGUUUCCCAGUACCACAUGUCCUUCCAGGUUUUUGAUUAUUCUGGCCUCAGGCAUACUGCUUAUUUCUUUAUCUUCUUUAAUCUGACAGUCAGGACUUGCUAUAGAUGGACUGAAAUUCCCUCACAGUGCUAUUUAUUCCUCAUGGUAAACUCGUCCUUUCUCCCCCUGCUCCACUCCUUGCCAAGGCACGGAGUUCAUGGUUGUUGCUGUCAUCCUCCUCCAUCAUCCUGUUUUCCUCAGGUCAGUCCUUGUUUCUUCAGAAUCCAGGUGUUUCCACAAAGGGAGGACCGUUCUCUGGAGAUUGAGGGCUACACAACAGUGACCCCUUCACCAUUCAGUUUGGCCACCUGGGCAUGGAUUUGGAUUCCAGCUGGCGGUGAUUCUGCGCCAGUACUUUGGCGCGAGGAGCUGGCUUUCAGGCCCUCAGCCCGUGGAGGCCCUGUUCUCAGGAUGCCUGGCCCCCAGCCAUCCACAGGCCCCCCCACAAUGAAAUCAAACCGGUCCAGCGGAGUGUGCUCUAUGGUACACAGAGACUCCUCACCCAGGUAGCCUGGGUUGGCUCCCUCCAUGGACGCGUCGUCUCCCAGGCUGCAGCGUCCAGACCGGGGACCCUCGGUCUGAGAGGCUCGAUGGCGGGUGACCUGCUGAGUGUCCAUCUGCGGCUCGGCUCUUCGGAAAGAGUAAUGGGCAAAUAUGCCAAUGAAGAACAUCUCGACAGCCAGGGAAUAGUAGUAGAUCACUGGAGGGGUGAAGAGAGAAUUAAGAAUAUGGUACACUCUGCAGCAGAGGUGGGGAACGUACGGCCUGUUAGGGAUUCAGGUUUGGCCCAGGAGGUUGUUUUCCCCCAGACCUUGCCCACUCUCCCCACAUCCAACAUCGUAUGCAAUUUCAGGUGUCAGGUGGGUAGAAAGAGACUUGACUACCAGUGCUCUCCCAGUUGUGCAUCGGCAAGGGAAAGCAGUUUCCUUACACCAGGCUUCCUCAAACUCGGCCCUCCAUAUGAUUUUGGCCUACAACUCCCAUGAUCCCUAGCUAGCAGGACCAGUGGUCAGGGAUAAUGGGAACUGUAGUCUCAAAACAUCUGGAGGGCCGAGUUUGAGGAAGCGUGCCUUGCACCUUCCUUUGAUGCUUGGGCCAGACCAGCCUUCGCCAACCUGAUGACCUCUGUAGGUUUUGGACUACAACUUCCAUCAGCCCCAGCUAGCUUGGCAGGUGCCGUAGUUGCACUAGCGGAAGCCAGCACAAUGAUUCCGAGUAGCAUAAGAAGAAGAAGAAGAAGAAGAAGAAGAAGAAGAAGAAGAAGAAAAAGAAGAAGUAGUAGUUGUUAUUUAUACCCUGCCCAUCUGGCUGGGUUUCCCCAGCCACUCUGGGCAGCUUCCAACAAAAUAUUAAAAUACAGUGGUACCUCAUGUUAAGUACUUAAUUCGUUCCGGAGGUCCGUUCUUAACCUGAAACUGUUCUUAACCUGAAGCACCACUUUAGCUAAUGGGGGCCUCCUGCUGCUGCCGUGCCCCCGGAGCAUGUUUCGGUUCUCAUCCUGAAGCAAAGUUCUUAACCCAAGGUCCUAUUUCUGGGUUAGCAGAGUCUGUAACCUGAAGCGUAUGUAACCCAAGGUACCACUGUACAAUAGUCUAUUAAGCAUUAAAAGCUUCCCUAAACAGGGCUGCCUUCAGAUGUCUUCUAAAAGUCUGGUAGUUGUUUUUCUCUUUGACAUCUAGUGGGAGGGCGUUCCACAGGGCGGGUGCCACUACCAAGAAGGCCCUCUGCCUGGUUCCCUGUAACUUGGUUUCUCUCAGUGAGGGAACCACUAGAAGGCCCUCGGCGCUGGACCUCAGUGUCUGGGCAGAACGAUGGGAGUGGAGACGCUCCUUCAGAUAUACUGGACCGAGGUCAUUUAGGGUGUUAAAGGUCAGCACCAACAUUUUGAAUUGGACUUCCCCCUGCACACCUCCACAGCCUCCCCAAAUCUGCUCCAGGGGGUUGAGGGAACCCCGAGAACUGCAUGGGGGGAGAGGGGCACUGUCAAGCAUGCAGAAAUGUUUACGCUGAUGGAACAAUCUCCUUAGCUCUACUGUGAAUACAACUCUUGGGGUGCAGUAGGUUAGUGAAGGCUAGCCCAGAUGACGCCCUGCCCCUUGCCCAAGAGCCAGCUUUUUUAAGGAACUAUUUUCCCCGCGCCCUCCUCUGCCCCCUGAGAGACCCCGCAAGGGGGCAGGGAACCUCUCUGGCGUGAGACAGCAAGGAAGGCAAUUGCCCCGAGACGGCAAGUCAGAGAGUGAGGUUGGCUUGCCUAUCAGCCAGCCACCCUCAAUGGCGCCUGCUGCAGGCUCCUGGCCUCCCUGAAGCAGCUUACCUUGGGAGCGUGUCACCGGGGAGAGAGGCGGGCUGCAAGGGAUGGCCCCCACUGCCCCCAUGGUCUCCAGGAUCCCACUCUGCAGGCCGCAGAGGACGAGAACCAAGAUGAUGCAGACGAACUUGGAGCGCAAGCUGUAGCCGUUGAGUGCUGGCUUGGUGGCUUUGUAGAAGAGCAAGUAGCCAUAGAAGGAUAGGAAUGUGGAUAUGGCAAUGAUGGCGUAGAUGUAAGAGUUGAGGUUGGUGUAGCCCACCUGGGAGAGAGGGAUGGGCAAAGGUGAGAUGUCAGAUUCUGGGACUCCCCCCAGCAACAUGUGUUUGGGCCCAGAAAUGGAAACGAGAAGAAUUACCGACGAAAGAAGAAUGGCAGACGAAAUUAAUGGACUCUGCAGAAUUAGAUAAGAUGACAGGUAGGAUUUGAAACCUGCAGGACCAGAGAUUCUCAGAGGACUGGAAUAAAUAUGUGAACUAUUUGAAAAGCAAUUGUAGUCAACAGAUUACGCUAGUAGGAUUGCAAGAAGUUUUGUAAGGAGGAACAUAUGAAAUAUUGCAAGGAAGGUUAUGAAGAGAGUUAUUAGUUAAGAAAACUAAAAGUAAUAGUGAAAUUAAGAAAUGUAAGUUAAGUGAAAAAGAUUGGAAACUUUUCAGAUGUGAUUGAUGGAAGUCGAAGAAUUGUAUAAGAUAUGAAAUUAGGUUAAAUGAUUGUUGGAAAUAGUAUGUU